AUGGAGUUCCCUACUCUUUCUUUGGAUAUGUUAUUCGAAAUCUUUAGCCGGACAUCUUUACAGACUAUUGGGCGAUGCAGAUUGGUUUCGAAAGAUUUGAACUCGAUUACUUACGACUCAAAUUUCAUGCAAGCAUUCCAUCAAAGAACAAAAACAAUAUCCGGGUUUUUCAUACAAUCCAUGUCCCAGUUUGUAUCUAAUUCUCUUACUGAUGAUUCUACAGUGUCCCUCAAAUUUUUGCCUGCUCCUGUCAAAAUAGAAGCGGCUACCAAACAAGGCAUCUUAUUAUGCGUGAAUAAAGACAACCCAAGAAGAUAUCGAAUACCUGAAUAUUAUGUCUGCAAGCCUAGCACCAAAGAAUGGCACCAAAUUCCGAAUCCUAAAACACGAUUUUUCACCCAAAGAAUUGGGAUGGUGGUGCUCAGAUUAGAGCCUUUGUGCUAUAAAAUAGUUCGAUUUUCAAGUCCCAAGUCUAAAUGGACAAAUUACAAAUCUAAAUUAUACAAUACUCUUCAUUGUGAGGUUUAUUCUUCAGAAACGUGCGCAUGGAAACGCUUGGGAAAUGUUUUGCUGCCAUGGAUCGAGUACUUAAGAUGGGAGCCUGCCGUUUCUUCAUGCGGUGCGCUUCAUUGGCUCAUGACCAAUCAUGAGAUCUUCACAUUUUUUGCAGAUACAGAAAGUUGGGAAAUAUUUGAUCUCCCUUUUCCUCUAUGCAAGGAACAUUAUUUCAAGCAUAUGAAGCUCGUGGACUACAGCGGCCACCUUGCAAUGCUUUGCAUGGAAGAUAGUUCUAUGCAACUUUGGGUAAUGGAAGAUAGUGAAACAAAAAAAUGGAGCAAGAGACAGAAUAUAAGCAUUAAAGCCAUUCAAGAGGUGGAACGCUAUCCUCGUCCCGUGAGUUUUGAAAGUUCUGAUAUUAUACUCAUAGAGGGCUUCUGCCGCCUAAUUUUGUACAACUUUAAAAGUUGUAGCGUCAAUGUACGCAAGAUAGGGAUCAAUUUCGAUCAAUCUACUGAAAUUUUCCCCUUCCAAUCUGACUCAGAGCCGAUGCAUUUGAAGAAUUAUUGGAAAAAGGAACAGUUAUCCACAACGAAGAUUGGAAGAAGGAACAGUUAUCCAAAGUUCUUUGGUUGUUUGGCUUGUUUCUCUGCAAUUGUUUAUAUAAUAUUUGUUUGUAAUCGGUAG